AUGGAUGUUGCACGCAGCUUUCAUCCCCCAUCCUCUUCAUGUGAAGCACAUAUUCUGAUCAUUGGGGCCGGUAUCACUGGCCUAGUUCUAGCCCAAGCUCUGAAGAAAGCGUCCAUUCCCUUCACCGUUUUCGAGCGAGACCCACAUGUCUCCUUUCGUGGUAAAGGAUGGGGUCUUACGAUCCACUGGUCUCUUCAGACCUUCAUCUCCUUGUUGCCUCAGCACCUGGUAGAUCGUUUGCCAGAGGUCUAUGUUGAUCGUCAAGCCAGUGAGAGAGGGGAGAAUGGCAAUUUCUUAUUCUUCGAUUUGAGGAGUGGAGAGGCGAGAUGGAAGGUACCGCCAAAUAAGAGGAUACGGCUAUCGAGAGAACGAUUGAGGUCACUGCUACUGGAAGGGUUGGACGUCCAGUGGUCUAAACGCCUUGCUUCGUUUACUACCUCUCUUCCCACAUCCACCAAGUCUGACACUCCCACAAUCACAGUCCAUUUCACCGAUUCCACCACCUACACCGGUACCCUCCUCAUCGGCGCCGAUGGCGUACACUCUUGUGUUCGCUCCACCCUUCUCUCCUACCACCACACCCCGGACUCACAAAAAAUCACGACCUAUCAUCUCCCCAUCCGCCUCCUCGGCGUCAGCGUCCCCUACCCCGCUUCCCUAGCCCUGAAACUGCGUGCUUUAGACCCGUUCUUCUUCCAAGGUGGCGACCCUGCAACCAAUGCUUUCAUGUACUUCUCCUUCCUCUCUUCGCCAGGCAAUUAUCCUGUGUCCGAGGACAGCGCCGCCAGAGACACAUACGAAUGCCAAAUAAUCAUCAGCUGGCCCUAUCGAUCCGGCUUCCGCGGUGAAAAGGAACCACUAGACGUGCCAGAGGACCACGAGGAAAGGGUCAAGGUGAUGAAGAAAUUGGCAGAUGGGUGGGCGGAGCCGUUCAGGGAGUGUGUCUUAUCAAUUCCCGAAAAGGGGACGGCGGUGACGGCGAUCACGCUCGAGGACUUUGUGCCAAGUGAAGGGAUAUGGGAUAAUUUGGGCGGGAGGGUGACAUUGGUGGGCGAUGCGGCGCAUGCUAUGACUAUGUUCAGGGGCGAAGGCGCGAACCACGGCAUCACCGACGUCGCUAUCUUACUCGAAAGCCUCCUCCCGAAUUUAAGCAGGCCAUCUUCAUCGUCGUCCGCAUCACUUGAACACGCAAUCCACACUUAUGAGCGCGAGAUGAUCCGCCGAACCGCGCCAGCUGUGCUGACCAGUCGUCGCGCUUGCAUGGACGCGCAUGACUACAACAGGAUCGAUGACCAGAGUCCACUCAUCUCGAGGAGAUUGAUGGUGACCGAGGAGGAGAGGUAG